AAAGGAAUUAAGCAGUUUGAACAUUAGUAAGAAAAAUUUAGAAGGCUCUUUGAAUUUAGUCGACUUUGCUAAUUUAGAUAGGUUAGAUUGUUCCUGCAAUUCACUCACUAAGAUUGAUAUUUCCAACUGUCGUAAUUUAAAGAUAGUUUACUGUCAUGACAAUGAAUUAGAAAGUUUGGAUAUUAGCACUUUAACCAAACUGCAGGAAAUUGAUUGCGCCAACAACGAGUUAACUAAUUUAGAUUUGCGUGGUUGUCAAAACAUAGUUAAAUUUAGUUGUGCUGGUAAUUUCCUUACCGAGAUUGAUCUUUCCUCUUUAGAUCCAGAGAAAUUGGAAGUGCUAGUUUUAGCAAGUAAUAACUUAUCAGAAAGGGAUCUAACUUACUUUAGUCAUUUUACUAACUUAACCACAUUGCAAAUUGGAAACUUACAAAAAGCAAGAAUUAACUACCAAAAUAUUUAUAAUCGUUUUAUUGGAUUAACAUAUUUACCUGCCAAUCUUGAAAUAUUUCAUUGUUUUGCAGAAGGGAGGCCAGGAAGCAAAACAAAAAAUCUUAUCAAACAGAUUCAUGCUUUAUAUAGAGAUGCACCUCAUAAUUUCCCUCUUGUCUUUCGCGAAGUUUUUAUUUCUACUUUAGAAGACGAGAGAAAAAAAGCCGCCUUUGCUAAUUAUUUGAAAGGAAAAAAUAAAGCUCCUGGGCAAAAUUUGGCUUUUGGUGAGAUUGAGGAGGAAAGAAAAAAGGUUGUUAAAAAAAACGCUGAAAAAUUUUUUAGCACGGCUGAAGAAAGCGGGUUGAAAGAAGAAUAUAAGCAUUUUUUGAAAGAAGUGGAAGAAGAACAUAAACUUGGUGCAGAAAUUAUUGAAAAGUUAAUGUAUCUUAAUCACAAAAAAUUAACUCUUAAACAAGCAUUAUUGAUUGACCAAUUAAUAUCUAAUGAAAAGUUAAGAGAAAGAUACAAAAAGUAUGGAUUAUGUGCAGAGUGUAAUCAACCUAACACCAGUUAUGAUACUACCUCCGGAGGUGAUUUCUUGAAAGAAAUUACUUAUCAUAACCUUUUUGAUAAUUCGGACGUUAAUGAGCGCGUUGUUACUUGUUUUGGAAUCUCCCAAGAUCCCGAAACUAAGGAUUACGUGAUGGUCACUCAUUAUAUUAUUGGUAGUAAUUUGAGAAACUAUUUAACCGGUAAUUACAAAGUAAGUAUUGCAGUUGGAGACUAUGAAGGUUUAGUUAAUGCGUUUCGCAAUUACAGAGUAAGUUUUACUGAUAGAAAAGGCACUGAAUUUGCUCGGCAAAUGAAAGAAGCUGAAAAAUAUAAUAAAACUUUACCAGAUGAAAUAAAAUUUUCUAAUCAUCCUCCGCAAGAGGUAAUUAAUAAAAUUCGGGCGGAAUUAUCAGCACCAGAUUUUCCGAAUAAAAAUAUUGGCUUGGGGGAAAAUCCCACUGCCGAGGAAAAAUUUAAAUACGAAAUUUGUCAGAGUAUUGCUCGUUAUAAGAGAGUAAAUAAAUUGUCCUCCCAAGAAGUGGUAGUGCGAAUAGAAGUUAGCCAAGACCAAUUAAACGACAUUCUUUACGGUCGCAUCUCUCAUUUUAGCCUGAAUGAAUUAGUAAAUUAUUUGGAAAAGUUGCAUGUCCCUUUUCAAAUCUCUAUUAAUAAUGAAGAAAAAGCCAGCAAAAACGGAGAAAAGUCUAAUCACCAGUUGAGUAGUCAACUAAGUGAGAAGGAGCAGGAGGUGGAAAGGGUGAGAUUGGAAACUGAGAUUAAGAGUAAUUUAGUGAGGGAACAAGGAGAAAAAAUUAGUCAACAAACUAACCAGUUAACUAAUUAUCAAAAUCUUUUAAGAAUUGCGGAAGAGAAUUUGAAAAAGGCACAAGAGAUUAUUCAGCAAAAAGAGCAGCAAUUAGAGCAAUUGGAGGAAGAGAAAGAAAGCAUCCAGCAAGAGUUAGCAAAAGCAGAGGAUAAAAUAAAGGAAUUGGAACAGACUUUAUUGGCGGCUAAUUCUAAAGUAGCACAAUUGGAAACAAGAAUUGGGGAGUUGGAGAAUAAUAACAGCAAUUCCGAAGAAUUAGAGAAGUUGAAAAAGGAAUUAGCGGAAGAAAAGAAAAAAAGUCAGCAGGGGAGGAGUAAAUCCCAAGCAGAGAUAAAAAGAUUGCGGAGUGAAUUGGCAGCAACUAAAAAACGGGAGGAGGAAUUGGCGGGAAAGAUUAAAGAAUUAGGGAAAAAGCAAGCCAAAACCCAAGAAGUAGUAAAAAAAAUGGUAUGGAUUAUUAGUUGGUUUAUUCCGCCAUCAACUAAAAAUGAUAAAAAGACUGAGGAAACUAAUUGGGCUUGUGAGAGGAUGGAAAAAGAUGAGAGGUUUAAAAUUUUGCCUGCUCAUCAAUUUCACUUAGUUAAGGAGGCUAAGAGAAAAGAUGAUCCGUUGAUUUUUAAAGAAUUAUUAACUGAGAUAAAUGAUGAUAGUAAAGAACUAAUUUUUAUACCAGUAAAUCAGCCUAAUUAUCAUUGGAGUCUAUUAGUGUAUGAGGUGAAAGAGAAAAGAUUUUGGCAUUGGGAUACUUUGGGUGGGAGUAAUUAUGGGUAUGUAGAGCCGUUGGCGAAGGAAUUGUUGGAGCAGAUUAGACAGAUUAGGAAUAUUAAGGAGGAAUGUUUAGAGAAGUUUUUAAUUAAACAGCAUGAUCUGAGGCAAAAUAAUGGUUGGGAGUGUGGAAUUGCCGUGAUUGCUAUUGUGCGACGGAUUAUUGAGUUAAAGAAUCAGAGUUUGGUGGAGAGGUUGAAGUAUGGGAGUUGA